GGCAUGGUGGACUCGUCGAGCGCCUUCAGAUAUCACUGGCGGAUAUGGCGACUGAUUGGAGCGCAUCCGGCAGACCCGCAGACGUUGUGGGGUCGCCACUACACAGUCUAUGCGAUAGUGUGGAGCAUAGUCUUUCGGCUGGGCCUGUGGCUCUCGCUGGUGGUGAACUUUAUGCUGUCGACGUCACUGGAGUCCUUCUGCGAGAGCCUGUCGGUGGCCGUGCCCCUGACAGUCGAGAAUCUGAAAAUGUUCAGUCUGUGGCGCAUGCGGCGGGAGAUCCUGCACACCCACGACAUCCUGCAUCAUCUGGAUGGCCGCAUUGGCUCGCUCACCGAGCAGAAAAUCAUUCUCGAGGGCAUUGAGCGGGCUAAAUAUAUAUUUAUGUGCCUUUUCCGUGCGAUCGCCGUGAUCCUAUCCAUCGCCCUUCUGUUUCUCUUUGUGUCGAAGGAGCGGCUGCUGCUGUACCCCGGCUGGAUACCCUGGGACUACAAGACAUCCUCCUUCACUGUCUACUUGGCAACGGUCAUGCUGCACAAUAUCGGCUUCUUUGAGAACGCCAUGAUGGUGGGCAAUGUGGACACCUAUCCGGGCUCCUAUCUCAUCAUGCUGGCGGCCCACACCCAGGCACUGGCCCAUCGCGUCUCUCGCCUUGGCCAUGAUCCGCGUCUGACGCGGGAUCAGUGCUGCGCUCAGCUGCGCCGUUGCAUAAACGAUCAUCAGCUUAUUAUGAAUCUCUUUCAGUCAUUGGAGCACUCAUUCUCCAUGUCCUGCUUCCUGCAGUUCUUCAGCACGGCCAGCGCCCAGUGUGCCAUUUGCUUCUUCCUCAUCUUUGUGCGGAUCGGCAUUAUGCGGUCCGUGAACAUGAUAUUUCUCUUCCUCACCUUCACCUUCCAGACCCUGCUGCUCUGCUACAGCGCCGAGCUGGUGUGCCACGAGGGCGAGAGUCUGAUGAGAGCCGUCUACGAUUGCAAUUGGCUGGAUCAGUCGGUGGAGUUUCGUCGCAUGAUCAUCCUCAUGUUGGCCCGCAGUCAGAAGCCGAUGAUCAUGCGUGCCGGCGUUAUUGUGCCCGUUCAAAUGAAGACCUUCCGGAUGGUGUGCAAGGGCGCCUACAGCAUGCUGACACUGCUGAACGAAAUGCAUAACUCGGAAGACGGUUAAAGGCGACGCAACACACACAAAAUAUGAGCA